UAGUUCAUCAAAAUUGAAAAGAAAAAUGCGAUUAAUUGCAUCAAAAGUGACCAGUGCCAUUCCUUCUCUUCCAAGUUCCCAUGCCUUUAAUGACUCGAGAAAUUGGGCACCAAAAAAUUAUGGGAAUUUGGAAAUGCGAAAAGCUGGGAAACUUUGGAGUUCUGUUAAGGGAAAUGGCAAUGCUUCCGUGGAACUUGAUGUCCCAUUCCCUCGAGACUACUCCGAGCUUCUUGAACAAGCCAGAAAAGCAACUUCAUUGGCUUUGAAAGAUAGCAGACAGUUGAUGGAGAUUGAAUUCCCAACUGCUGGGCUCCAAUCUGUACCAGGUGAUGGUGAAGGAGGAAUAGAAAUGACUGAAAGCAUGGUGUUAAUCCGCGACUUUUGUGACGGCUUCAUAGAUUCAGAGAAAGCUAGGCGAACCAGAAUAUUUUUCCCCGAGGCCAAUGAGGUUACAUUUGCAAGAAAUUCAGCCUUUGGAGGAGCUUCCUUCAAGUUAGACUACUUGACGAAGCCAUCGUUCUUCGAAGACUUUGGUUUCGUUGAAAAGGUGAAAAUGAAAGACCGCGUGAAGCCAGAAGACGAACUAUUCCUUGUUGCCUAUCCGUACUUUAAUGUCAAUGAAAUGCUUGUUGUUGAAGAGCUCUAUAAAGAAGCAGUCACGAACACAACCCGGAAACUAAUUAUAUUCAAUGGAGAACUCGACCGUAUUAGAUCUGGAUAUUACCCUCCAUUCUUCUACCCAAAGCUGGCUGCUCUGUCCAAGACCCUAUUUCCUCUGAUGGAGACUGUAUAUUAUAUUCACAAUUUUAAGGGAGCCAAAGGGGGAACACUUUUCAGGAGCUACCCAGGUCCAUGGAAAGUCCUUAGAAAAGUGAGGAACAAAUACAUUUGCCUUCAUCAGCAAGAAACCAUGCCUUCCUUGAAGGAAGUUGCCUUGAAUAUCCUUCCAUCAGCUUGAGAUUUACUUGCAUAAUUCAUAUGUCCAGUACCUCUUCGCUUUUAGCGCUUUGAUGUUCAAUUAAUACCACUUAGUGUGGUGGCCUAGAGGUAAUGGAGUACCGUGGUGGGCUUGUGAUCACAAAUAGGGGCUGGGUUACUCCUAACUAAGGGUAUUAAAUGUGAAGACUUGGGGCUGCAUCCCAACAUACUAUCACUGUUAACACAUUCGGUGGGGUUGAGGUGAUGCGCUCCUCAUUUGAGAGAUAGGCCCUCAUGUAGGGCAUUCAGUAAAUAUUUCUGUUAGUGUCUGGGACCCCUUUGGUGAUGCUCAGAGGGAGGAUGUUGACACUAGUAGCCUUUUCCGGAAUUUUCUGC